AUGCAGCCAAUGUUCACCCGAACCCUUUUGACUUCAUCCUCGAAUGCCCUCUCGUGGAGGUCCCAAAUCAAACAGAGCCAACUAGUCUCGCAGAUCUCCUCCCUCCUCUUGCAGAGGCACAACUGGGCUCCACUGCUCGAAACCCUCGGCCUCACUCCCCAGCUGCUCACCCCCUCCGUGUUCCACCAAAUCUUGAAGAACACCCAGAACGAUCCCCAGCUGUCCCUGAAUUUCCUCAACUGGGCAAGAACAAGACUGGGGUUCGAGCCUGACCUGAGGUCCCACUGCCGGGUUGCCGUGGUCUUGCUGAAAGGUUCGCAGCCUGCAAAGCCCAUUUUGGAUUCUCUAGUAAAAACUCACCCCGUGCCUUCAAUUGUGAGCUCAAUGAUUAGGGAGUGUGGAAUAUGUGGCUUUGACUUUGAAUGCUCUGCUGCUGCUUUGAGCUCUGUUCUUCAGAGCUAUGCUUACAAUGAGUUGUACAGAGAAGGCGUGGAGGCGUUCGGGUUGAUGGGAGUUCACGGGCUUGUGCCUUCUCUUUGUGCCUGUAAUUCUUUGCUUGAUGCAUUACUGAGAAAGAACGAGGUGAAGUUGGCUUGGUGUCUUUAUGGGGCCAUGAUUAGGGUUGGGGUCUCGCAAGAUCGGUCGACAUGGAGUUUAGUUGCUCAGAUUUUGAGUAAAGAUGGAAAAUUUGAGAGAAUAAAGGUAUUGUUAGGUGCAGGUUUUGAUAGUUCUAUGAUGUAUAAUCUCGUUAUAGAUUGGUACAGCAAAAGAGGGGAUUUUGGGGCUGCGCUGAAUCUUCUGAGUCAGAUGACCGAUCGAAGAACCAAGGCUGGAUUUAUUACUUAUAGCUCGAUUCUUGAUGGAGCUUGUAAAUAUAAAGACAUCAUGAUAAUAGAGGAUAUUUUGAAGAUGAUGGAAGAGAAAGAAUUGGUUCCUGUGGGGUAUGAUUCAGUCAUUCAGAAGCUCUGUGACUCGGGCAAGUCAUAUGCAGCAGAGUUGUUUUUGGAAAGAGCACGAAAAGAAGAGGUUGAACUGGAAAAUGCUACUUAUGGUUGUAUAUUGAGGGCAUUAUCCAAGGAAGGUAGAACGAAUGAGGCUACUGAUGUCUAUAGAAUGAUUGUAGGAAGAGGUGUAAAAGUGAAGGAUAGUUGUUAUCAGGCCUUUUCAGAUGCUCUUUGUCGGGCAGAUGUUUCGAAAGAGAUAAGUGGGUCAAUAGUCGAGGUAAUCCUGAGAGGUUUUAGUCCGAAUGCAAUUGAUUUGUCCAGAUAUUUAGCAUUGAUAUGUAAAAGAAGGAGGUGGAAGGAAGCAGAGGACGUUCUGAAUGUGGUAUUUGAAAAGGGUAUGCCAUUAGAUUUCCAAUGUUGUAGCUUGUUGGCUAUGCACUAUUGCUCCACUAGACAAAUCCAUAAAGCAAUUGGGUUGCACGAUAGGAUAGAUAAAUUAGAGGGGAAUUUGGAUGUAACUGCCUACCAUGCUCUUCUUAAAGAGCUGCUGAAAGGAAGGAGCACUGAAGAUGCAGACAGAAUUUUUGAUCUCAUGAAAAGACGGGAUUUAGUGGAUACCGCGAGUUUUGUGGUAAUGAUUAAUGGGCUGUGUCAGCUGAAGGAACUGAGAAGAGCAAUGAAGUAUCAUGAUGAGAUGCUGCAGCUGAGCCUUAAGCCAGAUCAGAAAACUUAUAAACGUUUGAUAGCUGGAUUUGGUUGA